AUGCCCUCUUUUCUCUACGAAUUCGACUUUUCCAGAUUUAGGAGCAAAUGGCGCGGAGCUGCUAACUUCUGCGAGUUCAUGCUGGCCGAUGCUCCGCGACGGAUGCCAUGUCUUCAAGUUCUCCGCGUUACGGGUGAUCCACAGAUCAUUGCGAAUCCUUCUGUUGAUGAAACGAUCGAUCCUGAGCUUGUAUCGCUGUUGGUCCAAGUGGUACGACAGAGUACAGAAAUGAAGAAAAUUACCAUCGGGCGUUAUUCUGACAAAUUGUUGACGGACCAUCCGGAGCUUUUGGAGGCCUUAGCUGGACUUCGCCAUCUCUACACCAUUUGUGUGGAGGAUUGUGGGUUCCCUUCGUUGGCCCUUUUAUCACGCACAGCUAGUCGGCCUCGCGUAAUCGAGCUCACGCGCUGUGAUUUGGGUGCCUCAUUUUCAGACGACCAACAUUCGAUCUCGCAGAACAUCCUGACAUCUGCCACAAAUCUCAAACUACAUCUCACCAGUCCCUUUGCGCCCAUUCAGCUAGUCACCGAUGCUGUCUGGCCUUCUGUUCGCGCAUUGCAUAUCGUCUUCGACACUAAACUAGGACUCGUCCCCCAUGCCUUCCCCAACCUACGCGACUUCACUUAUUCCGGCAGUGAUGUUUACUCUCUUUACAAUGAUGACUUGGUCGAAUGGUGGGCACUAGACAACGUCAAAACAUACGCCCACGUGCGUUUUGCAUGCCCUGUGCGUAGGCUGGUACUGCGUUAUACGUGCGCACUGGAGAACGGCUUCCUGUCCUUGUUGGAACGCACCAAACCCACGAUUCUGUCCUUCAACGCCAGUUUGGAUUACGCUGGGAUAUGCGACGAAGCGCGAGAACGAAUAACGCAUGCGGUGCAACACAAGUUGAGAUAUCUGGAGCUCUUCACUUUCUGGCAUUCUACUAGAAAGGGGAAUGUCAACGAGUCUGCAAUAGUGCCAGGUAUCCUGAACUAUGUGUCAAUGUUCCGUGAAGUGCCACUUGUCGGAAUCUCCAUUUUAUACCAAGACUCGCUGUCUAUGGAUGGAGAUGCUGCGACCUUGCUGGCGCAACAAGUUGCGGCCUUGAUACCAACCGUGACGUACGUGGGAUUGAAUCUCACCAGGUUCAAACCCCUGUUUGGUGACCGCCCCGUCCAAUUUGAAUGGCACUUCGUGACGUCUCGUCAAGAAGAGCUCCCGCAAUUGAAUGUUCUUUCCGACAGAGAGGGGAAGGAGGUUCAAGCGAGGCUGGACGACACCGGUCAUUAA